AUGGCGGCAGCGUUUGGCGUUCUUUACAUGGCAAGAAAUAAUAAUGGGAUUGAGAGGACGUUUCCGGCAAGGUUAACCCUAGCCGAUGUCCGUGAAGAUAUUGUCGUCUCCCGGUAUCGGUUGGGGAGUGCAGAGAUACUCGAGCUUUUGGCCUUGAUAUCGGAGGAUGUUUCCCCACAGACGAAUCGCGGGCACUCGAUUUCGGCAGAGACCAAGCUUUUGCUGACACUUCGGUUCCUCGGCAAAGGGGAUUUCUAUUCAGAGGUUGGUGACCUGCACGGUGUGUCAAGGUCAUCCAUGAGUAGGCACCUCCAUGAAGUUGUUGCGGCCAUCAACAAUAAGAUGAAAAAUAUAAGGUUUCCAACGACUUUGGAAGAGAGGCGAGAAGCCAGUUUGGGAUUCUACACACUUUGUGGCAUUCCAAGAGUUCUGGGAGCUGUUGAUGGGACGUUAGUGCCUAUCAUAGCUCCCCAUGACAAUGAGGAAGUAUAUGUUUGCAGAAAAGGUUACCACGCCCUGAACAUACAGGCUGUUGUCAAUUCAAAUAUGAGGUUCAAUGAUGUUGUGGCCAGAUGGCCUGGAUCUGCAAAUGAUGCAGGCAUUUUUGAUAACUGUGGUUUGAAGAGACACCUAGAGCUGAACGAUGUAGGGAUGUUGUUGGGUGAUAGCGGCUAUCCAUUACGCCACUACCUCAUGACCCCAGUUCUUCGGCCACAAGGGAUACAACAAACAGCUUACAAUGUUGCUCAUGCAAGGGGGAGGGUCGUUGUGGAACGAGCCUUUGGACUAUUAAAGUCAAGGUUCAGGUGUUUGCACAAGACUGGGGGCUGUCUGAUGUUUUCCCCUGACAAAUGCGCACAGAUUGUCACAGCCUGCAUCCACCUGCAUAAUUUAUGUCUAGACCGGCAUGUGCCAAUGCCAGGAACAGUUCUGAGACAGGACGGUCAAGAUAUGGACCAGCAGCCACUUGCUGUACCAGCACCAAACCACAGCGGGGUGCUUCAGCGGAACAUUCUUAUAAAUCGAUAUUGA